AUGAAAAAUUUAUUAGAGAAAUAUUUGAUGUAUAGUUUUUUCAAGGCACAUACUAUAAAAAUGAUAAUUGUUAUUAUUAUUCACUAAAUAAUAAAUUAAAGUGAGAAUUUCUCUUCAGAUAUUCACAGAUAUUCGUUAUCGAAAUUUUAAAGAUUAAGCACUGCAAUAGAAAUAAUGAGGCUUUUACGAAAAUCGGUAAAUUUCGUUGAGAAAAUAAUUCUAAAUAUAAAAUAUAAAAGCUUUGACUUGGUAAUGGAUAAUUUUAAAUUAAAUAAUAUAUAAAUCAAGCUUUUAUUAUUACAAUAAGAAAUAGUUGAGUUUUAAAAUUUUUGA